CUCAGAGGGUCCAGCCUACAGACCCCUCACUGCUUCAGUCUCCCAGAGAUCUUCCUCCUGCUCUGCUGCUGAACGGUGACCCCGCCGCAGGAUGUCUUCCACCCCGGCGCUGCCCCCCCUCUUCACCACGCUGCCCUCCUUCCCCUCCGCCUCUCCAGGGGUCCCGGCUGCGGGGCUGAAUAGCACCUCCUGCACAGAAUGGGACCAGGCGCACCACCUCCUCUUCCACCUGGGGAGCCUGGCCCUGCUGCUGGCUCUGGCCCUCCCCAGCACCAUGAGCCUGCACAUGAUCCUGCUGCGCCUCCUGCUCAUGACAGGAUGCGCUCUCUUCAUCGUGUGGGCCACCCUGUACCGCUGCAACCUGGAUGUGAUGGUGUGGAACGUGGUGUUUCUGCUCGUCAACUUCAUGCAUCUGUUCUUCCUGCUGUACAAGCGCAGGCCGAUCAAGAUCGACCGGGAGCUUCGGUCGCUCUACAAGCGGAUGUUUGAGCCGCUGCAUGUGAAGGAGGCUCUGUUCCAGAGGCUCACAGGACAGUUCUGCACCAUCCAGACUCUGAAGAAGGGCCAGGCCUACGCUGCAGAGGACAAGACCUCUGUGGACGAACGCCUCAGCAUUCUCCUCAAGGGAAAGAUGAAGGUAUCAUACAGGAGCCACUUCCUGCACAACAUCUAUACAAAUGCAUUCAUUGACUCUCCAGAGUUCAGGUCCACUGAGAUGCACAGAGGAGAGAAGUUUCAGGUGACCAUCGUGGCAGAGGAGAACUGUAAGUACCUGUGUUGGACUCGAGAGAGGCUCACCUUCUUCCUGGAGUCAGACACCUUCCUCAAUGAGGUGUUCAGGUACCUCAUUGGCAAAGACAUCACCAACAAACUGUACUCUCUGAAUGACCCCACACUCAGUGACAAGGCGUUGAAGAAGAUGGACCGUCAGCCCAGCCUAUGCUCUCAGCUGUCUAUGAUGCAGAUGAGGAACAGUAUGGCGAGCACCAGCGACACUGAAGAUGUUCUGAACCAGAUUCUUCAAAGAGGUUCUGCGGGAUCAUCACAAAGAUCUCCUGGCACCAAGGCCUCCAAAAAGAUGAAGCCCAUAGAAGAAGGCAUGGAGGACGACGUCUUCGAGGAGUCUGCUCCCUCCGAGUCUCAGCGGAUGCCCAGCACCUCCACCACUGAGGAGGUGUAGCUGCAUGAGGGGGCUUGUCAUAUUGUGUCGUGUAGGUCUGUUUAUAACAAACAGGGCCUGGUCCUUACACAGGCAUGGCCCACAUUACCAGCCCUGCCACUAAUCUGGCAGCACAUGUCAGUGAGAAAGGUCAAAGAUAUGUUCCUGAUCAUUUACCACAGACAUGUUUAUUAUACCCAAUCAAAUAUCUUGGCCAAAGUUAUUUUAAAAAAAAAUCAUAUAAAAAGAGAUGAUCAAAAUGUUUAUGUCAAUUCAAAAACAAUUAUUGGUAGAGAAAUCAGAUUUUUCAUUUUUAUUUAUUUGAAUCUACAAUAAUUGAUUCUGUGAACAGGUUGUAAAACGCAAAGUUCACAUAUUGUCAUCUUAUUAAGCUGCAUUCACAUGAUACGCGGUAAAAAGUUGUGUUUCUAUGGAGAAAGCAUUGCUGCCCGACUACGUAGAACCACUACCCUCGGCGUCGCAUCGCUCGAAAUGGUCGCAAAGCGCUGCGUUCAAAGUUCACAUUAUUUCAACUGAGACCUCCUUUACCAGUGACCUUCGUUCAAGCAACCAAUCAGAUGACUCAAGUCAGCAGGCGAGGUAACCAUAGAUACAAAACUUAACUAAUUGUUUUUACGGCAAGGCCUUGCGCUAAACUUCGGAGUUCGCAAAGAGCAAAUCUCGUACCAUGUGAAUGCAGCUUCACAAAGUUGAUACGAUGAAUAUGUUUUCGAACAAUUGCCCAUCCAGCGGCACAAAGCAACAUUACCACCAUGAAGAGAUGUUUGUAUGUUAACCCUUUCAUGCAUGAAUUAUGAAAACCUCAGUCAGGAUUUUUUUACCAAAUGUUUGUAUUGCUCUUGGGGCAUGAAAAACAAGAUUUGAACUUUAGUUUUUUUUUAUCUAGUUUUUUCAAAAAAAUAUUUAUAUGUCCACUAUGUAAACGCAUGGAAAGUAUGCGUUUACAUUUUGAACUGAAGAGAUGCAAAUUUUGAAAAAAUGAUAAAUAAAGAUGUGCAAACUUAAAAUUACAUUAUAAUAACAUAAGUAGGCCUAUAUUGAUUUACGGCCCAAAAAGAUAUUGCAGAUGAAGUAUUUUCAAGAACGACAGUAGCAGUAACAGUAUGAAUUGUAGUUUAAAUAUAGCCAGUGAUGCAUGACGUCCACUUUAGUGGACAGGUGAUUAAUCCUAAUUUCCUGCAAACAUAAAAUCAAUACUUUGACAAUUUAUGAAUGAUAUGAUUCCUUAGUUGUUACUUGAUGUCACCAACGUUAUACCUGCAGGGGGCGCUUUCCGUAAAAGGAUUGGCAAGAUAUCGACGAGUGAUUUGGUCCAUCUGGCUUUCUGUCGUCCAUCUUGGUUUAGAGAAAUGCACUUACACUGACUUUCCACUGAGUAGCAGUGUAUGGGAUGAUGCAAUAGGGUCCUAUGUAAUGGCUAAUGUGCAACUAUGCCAUCAAAACCCAUGCAUAUACAAGAAAACACCUUUUGAAUAGCUGUCCACUGUAGUGACCUCUAAUGUAUGUUUAGCUCUGGUUUGUUCUCCACCAACUCCAUGGAUAAACAUCUGGCUGCUUUAUAUUCACCUGCUAAAUGCUAACUGUCUGUCUGCUGCUCGUGUUAACGAUGUUCAGCAAUAGCAGCGUAAAGUGUGUUUUGAUAGCUUUUUUUUUAUUUCCAGAGAGAUAAAUACUUUCAUUGUUUCUGUAAGUCAUAAGCAUUGAUGCAAAUCCAUGAUUAUAUUUUUCAUAUUACAGACACAAACAUUUCCUAUAUAUAAACACAAACUUGUACUUUUCACAACUUUCACAACAGAAUCUUGUUAGUGAGGGGUAUCAUGGGAAAAAGUGUGAAACAGAGUGCACUGUGGGUGUUAAAUAUACAUUUAGAAUGAAAUGUCCUGACACUGUUUGCUAUAUAUUAAAGUUUUGGAUUAUGUUAUUAUUGUAACUUUUGUAAAAAUAAAUGUACUUUGCUUUUCAGAUUUGUGAAAGUGAG